UCACUCCUCGCUCUCAUGUCGCAGUGGGCUACUGGCAGCGUCACAUGUUACAGACCGCCGUUUCUGCCGGGUUGGGGGCGCCCUUGCGCGGAACCAACCAGCACUAGAGCGACGCUCGCGGAAAGCCUGGGCGGUGGCCGCGCCGGGAGAGGGGCUGUCGCCAUUUGUCGACGUUCCCUGCGGGCUGCCGCGCCGCCGCGGGGGCCGGACAGGGGGUCGGGCGGCGGGCGUGCGCGCUGGUUUUUUGCGACGGUGCCCGGCGGGGCUGGCCCCGCCCCCUCCCGCCCCCGCGGCCCGGUCCGCCCCGCCCUCGCCGCUGCGCUCGCUCCGGGCCGCUCAGGCCCCCCGCCCGCUUCAUGUGGCCGGGCCCGCGGUGGCCGGCGGCUGGGAGCGGCGAGGCGGCGGCGGCCGGCGAGGCCCGGGAGGUGGUGGCCGAGGCCCAGGCAGCGGCGGCGGCCCAGGAGGCGGCGGACGGGGAGCAGGCCCGGCCCGGCCCUCGAGCGGCCUCCUGGCUGCAGCAUGCGCGUCCGCCGGGGGCUGCUGCGGCUGCCGCGCCGCUCACUGCUCGCCGCGCUCUUCUUCUUCUCGCUGUCGUCCUCGCUGCUCUACUUCGUCUAUGUGGCGCCCGGCAUAGUGAACACCUACCUCUUCAUGAUGCAAGCUCAAGGUAUUCUGAUCCGGGACAACAUGAGAACAAUAGGUGCUCAGGUGUAUGAGCAGGUGGUUCGGAGUGCUUAUGCCAAGAGGAAUAGCAGCGUUAAUGACUCAGAUUAUCCACUUGACUUGAACCACAGCGAAACCUUCCUUCAAACCACAACUUUUCUUCCUGAAGAUUUCACCUACUUUGCAAACCAUACUUGCCCUGAAAGGCUCCCUUCCAUGAAGGGCCCAAUAGACAUAAACAUGAGUGAAAUUGGAAUGGAUGACAUUCAUGAACUCUUCUCCAAAGACCCAGCCAUCAAGCUCGGAGGUCACUGGAAGCCUUCGGAUUGCAUGCCUCGAUGGAAGGUGGCGAUCCUUAUCCCCUUCCGGAACCGCCAUGAGCACCUCCCAGUCCUGCUCAGACACCUGAUUCCCAUGCUUCAACGCCAGCGCCUGUGGUUUGCAUUUUAUGUGGUUGAACAAGUUGGCACCCAACCCUUUAAUCGAGCCAUGCUUUUCAACGUCGGUUUUCAAGAAGCAAUGAAGGACUUGGACUGGGACUGUCUUAUUUUUCAUGACGUGGAUCAUAUACCAGAAAAUGAUCGUAACUACUAUGGGUGUGGACAGAUGCCAAGGCACUUUGCGACUAAAUUGGACAAGUAUAUGUAUCUGCUUCCUUAUACCGAGUUCUUCGGCGGAGUGAGCGGCUUAACAGUGGAACAGUUUCAAAAAAUUAAUGGCUUUCCCAAUGCUUUCUGGGGCUGGGGUGGAGAAGAUGACGACCUGUGGAACAGAGUACAGAAUGCAGGCUAUUCUGUAAGCCGGCCGGAAGGUGACACAGGGAAGUACAAGUCCAUUCCUCAUCACCAUCGAGGAGAAGUCCAGUUUCUGGGAAGGUAUGCUCUGCUGAGGAAGUCCAAAGAACGGCAAGGGCUGGAUGGCCUCAACAACUUGAACUACUUUGCAAACAUCACAUACGACGCCUUGUAUAAAAACAUUACUGUCAACUUGACACCCGAGCUGGCUCAGGUGACCGAGUACUGAGCUGAGGAGAAAACACAGCGUUUGCUUUACCCACCACCACCAGGAAAGCAGCCUGACGAGAGGUCUCAGCGCUCCACACGGGAAGAGAACAGAAAUACAGCAUCUAAUGAAGGGUCACAUGGCUCGAGGAAAAACUGUGAACAGAGCAGACGCACAAAACGCCUCCACCGUGUGGACCCCCUGGGACUGAGGGAGAAAGCUGGCAACGUCCCUCGUCUCUUCACAAGACAGACGCCUGUCCUGCUGCUCAGCUCCCUGUCUCCUCCCCCACGUCCCGUCUUAGCCACAAUCUGCAGAACCAGAAUUGUGGUGUGUCACAGUCCCGCCUCGGAGCCUGUCCUGUGAAUGGCCUUUGGAGCGCUUGGGCCUCGAAGGCCAAGAGGCGAACCCACCACAGGGCAGCUGCGUUUCAGGAGGAGUAAAUGAAACUCCGCACACCAUUCUUCUCCAUCUCUGGUGUUCUCUUUGGUUUCAUUUUUUAAAUACAAUUUACCUGCUUUGGGUGGGGGUUGAGGGUGGCAGGGAGGGGUUGGGAAGAUAAAUAGACAUAUAACAAUCACUUCUUGAAGAAGUAUAACUGUAAAUAAGCCAUGUAAAAUGCCUUUUUAAAAUUUAAUUUUAUAGCUGGCUCUAAUUCAAACUGAGUAUUUAUACAUUAGAUCACUAUUUGGUUGGCAAAUGUGGGAACUCGGUUAAAAUGCAGUGGAAGAAUAUCAUCUCCCAAAUUGCUGUCACUUUGGAAGAGAGUGGAUAUAGGGCAUGUCUCAAAAAGAACAAAACAGGCCCAACUUUAUCACUGGAAGCUAAUCUCUUCUGCCCCCUCCCGUCCCUCUCUUCCAAAAGUCUUGCUUUUGACUUUUGCUCUGGAUUCCCUCUUUCCUGGUGGGCACAGACCCUGAACCCAGUCUCUUGCUAAACAGGAGUCUGCUGUUUCAGAGCAAGCUGCUCUCCCUGCUCAAAGCAGAUUCAGGGGCUCACUGUGCACGCGCGUGCGCACGCACACACGCACGCACGCACACACACACAUGCACGCACACACACAUGCACGCACACACACUUCAUCAUCAUUUAGAAGGGAAGGGGUUUGGGCCUCUUCUUUCAUCCUUCUCUUUCUCUUGUGAAACGUGGCCCAAUUUCUGAACUCUGUGCCUAAAUUACCAACAAUCUUCAGUGAUGCCUCUGAAUAUUUCCCUUUUUGGUUUCUGGAAAGGUUCUUUGUUGAUAUUAGCUAGUACAUAGAACUAUUAGCUAGUACAUAGAACUAAUGAGCAAUUGAAUUAAUGAAGGAUUCAGUCAGGGAGCAGGAGAUACCGAUGUGCUGUGGGUCAGCUGGAAUCCAGGUUAGAGCAAAUCAGAGCUUUGAAAUCAGAUUAACAGCUUCAGGAUAGGAGAGCCCAAGUGCUCUGUUCACACCCCUGUGCUUUUCGAAGUCACAGUCUAGAUUGCAUUUGAAUUUGUGCCUCUGUUUUCCAUGAGCCAAAUCCCUGAAGUCAUAGUCUUGUAUUCUGAAUUCGGAAAAAUGCCAGUUUUUUCCCCUCCUUUUCCAUAAGACAUAUUUAUAUAUUGUGAUGAAGAGUACUUUGUAAAGAGUACUUCGUAUUUUUUUUAAUUGCCUUCUUUGCCUCAACUUCCUUAAUUUUCAUGGUUUACAUGGACGAUGUGCGUGUAGGGGGUAUAUUUGUAUAUAUAUGUGUGUGGGUUGGGGUCUUUUCCAUUGCAUAUGUUGGUUUCGUGGACAUAUGAUCCCCACAGGCUGUGGGAGUGAUUGGCCAGGCCUUGUUUAUUGUUCAUGUUUUCGUUCUUUUAAAGAAUACAGUGGUAUGUAGAAAAUAAAUUGCAUCGCAGAGCUCUUAUCAGCUUGUAUGAGAGAGCAGGCUCCUGCCCUUGAAAAUGCUGGUAAGUUGUAUCAUAUGUUUUAAAAGAACUUUGAGCAUUUCAUGCUUUGAAAGACCUUUAUGAGGGAACAUUACACACAGAAAUUCAUUUGAUUUUCCUUUGAAUUAUGGUGCCUACAGCAGUUAAGAUUUCUUUCUUCUUUCCUCCCCCCACACCCUCAGGCCUCUAGCCAGCCUUGGCUUCUGUCACUGAAGGCUGUGAGCUGCUUUCGGUAUGACAAAACUUUGAUGUCAUUUGGAAGAAUUUGCCGAACAGACUGAUUCUUGGUUAAAGAUGAUCUGUGCAUACAUGGCAGUGUUGUAAAAUAAUCUUGUUUGAAGCUUUUUCAUAACAUAUUUACCACCAAGAACAAAAUGUUGACAAAAGGCUGACACCUGAUUUAAAAACAAAUGCUAAUUUGAUGACAAAAGGAAAAGGUUUUUUUUCACUGCUCAAGUAAGGCCACUAUUUUAUAAUCACAUGUACUUUUGGUUUUAUUAGUGUAAAACCUCUUUGCACUGUUAGUAGUCAGUUAGCCACCAAGUUGAGUAUUGUAUGGGAAACAGAAUUUUAAAACAUAUCGCCAGGCCCAAGUGCUGUUAAUGGUGUGAAAUUCUCAUGUUAAGAAAAAAAGAACAAUAAGAUCCAAAUAAGAUCUUGUGCUUAUUUUGGCCGCUGAAAUUCUUUCAGGCUGCUGAUGGGUGACUCCUUAAAUGGCCUUGCCUUUGAUGGCUGUGGCAGGGAAAGGUUUCUCCUUCCACACUGUUCUAUUUUGGGGGUUAGGGAGGGGUCAUUAUUCACAAAAUCAUUUUGACAUUAAGGGACUCUUAUGUUAGAGCUCCUCUACCACAGACAUUAAUAGCUGUACAACAUUCACCUGUACUGAUUGUAUCCACUCACCGGUGACGAUGGCAUUGAACGUAGCUAGCUUAUUUCCAUCACUACUUUUUUGUUUUUGUUUUUGAGCUUGCUCUUAUGUUUUAAGAGGUGUCAGGGGUACAUUUUUGCACUGAAAUCUAAAGAUGUUUUAAAAAACACUUUUCACAAAAAUAGUCCUUUGUCAUUACAUUAUUUACUCAUGUGUUUGUACAUUUUUGUAUGUUAAUUUAUGAAUGAUUUUUUCAGUAAAAAAUACAUAUCCCAAGAACCAAA